AUGACUAUCGACAUUGAAGGAACAUUUGUGUCACAAAAAAUUAAUAAAAUUCGGUGGAUUCCUGAAGAAUAUGUGGAAACUAAACACUUUUUUACUGGCAGUUGGGACGACGAUGAAAACUCUGUAAAAGUUUGGACAUUUGAGAGUGUCCAUGAGGAUGAAAAUGUGGAAAAUCCGCGUGAGUUGUCAGAAUAUAAAGUGGCGGGAGAUGUAACGGAAAUAAAGUUAAUUGAUAAAAACAAAAUUGCUGUGUCUCUAUCCAACGGGGAAGUAAGGUUGCUAGAGAUCAGUGCUUAUGAAAGAACCAGCCCACUGAGAGAAGUAUACACUUGGAGCAAAUUGCAUCAUAUCAAUUCUGAAAGAUGUUCUUGUACUGCCCUGGACACCUUUGAGGGUGAUAUAGUAACUGUAGGUGAAGAUGAGAAAGUAAACAUACUCAACGGCAGAAGGGGGGAUAUAACUAGAUCAAUUUCAGAUACUGACAGCUGUUCUAUUCAUUCUGUCUGUUUUCUUAAAUUAAAUGAGGUCAUAACAGGAAAUCUAAGAGGACACAUGAAGAUUUGGGAUAUUAAAAGAGAUAGCAACAAACCUGUGGCAUCAUUCCAUUUUCCUGGCGAAGAAGUAGCAGCAACAUGCAUUGUCCAACAUCCAACUCAACCGCAUAUAAUUUUAGCUGGAAGUGAAUGUGGCUCUUUGGCAGUGUGGGAUUUACGUAUGAACAAAUUCCCUACUUCACAAUUAAGUGCACAUUCAUCUGGUGUUACUGAAAUGCAAUUUCAUCCAGAAAACCCAAACAAAUUAAUAACAUGCUCGUUGUCUGGUGAUGUAUGGGACUGGAAUAUGGAGUCAUUGACAAAGAAAUCUGGUGAUAGCUAUGUACCCUUAGAUGAUAAAGCUACAAUGAAUGUGUCGUCGUUAAUCCCCACUUUACAUAAGGCAGUUAAUACAAUCCACUGUAACAAAGGAAGAGUAUUGUGUGCUGCCGAUAAUGAAGCCAUAUAUUUGAUAAAAAAUCUCAAAUAUUAG